AUGCUGUGUAUUUGUCUACCGCCCAUGGCUGUGCUGGGCCGCCACCUGGCCAACAACUACUUUUUCAAACUCCCUAGCAAAGUUCAAUCUCUGUUCAGCUCCAACAAGAGCAACGGCACAUCGGCAUCACAAAGCUACUCUGCACCAGACUCGCAAAUUCAAAACAUUGCGAUGCCAUCAGUCUCAUUAAAUAAGACCGCUGAUAAUGAUGGCCACAGCCUGGAGUCACAAGAGAGCUCUACUCGUUUAUUUCCCCGUGAAGACGAAAAUUACUACGCUGGCGCUAGAGCAGAUGUAUCUUACCGUCGCUCGGAUCUGCACGGUACAACCCCGCCUCCCAAUUCUGGCGAUGCUACCAUUCGUGUAGAUAGUGUUGUGACUGUCACGGACCGUACAUUGCCUGCGCUCACUGAGACCAUUGGCUCGGUUUUUGAUCGAGUCAAGUCUGCGAACAGAGUGGUCCGUCUCUACGCCGAAGUGGCUUUGCAUCUUGUCGACUUCGUCAGGGGCAUUGCAACGCCCCUAGAGCUUCUCAUGCAGACUGGCCUUCUGAGAGAAUACUACGACGAGUUGAUGACCUACAGAUGCAUGAAGCAAACGACAAGCUUUGUCGAUCUGCUCGCCCACCAAAAUGGUGGCAUGAAAAUCUUAGAAGUCGGUGGAGGCACUGCAGCUGCAACUCGCCAUCUGGUCAAAGCACUGUCUAUGAUUGGCCCUCAUGGCGUGAUAGAAUUAUCCAACGCUUCCGGAACCCUUCGAUGCGACCAGUACUGCUUUACAGACGUGUCGUCUACAUUUUUGGAAAAGGCACGGGAAGAGUUCCCUGAUCAUCAGUCUCAAAUGGUGUUUCAAACCCUUGACAUCGAGAAGGACUUUUCUGAUCAGGGAAUUUCCGACAGGACGUAUGAUCUUGUCGUGGCAGAUGCCGUGCUUCACAUCACCGCCGAUCUGGAAAAUACGUUCCGCAAUGUCAGAAAGUCAAUGAAAACCGGUGGCAAGUUGAUACUGACAGAGUUCCUCCAGCCUGAUGGGUGGGCUCUGGGCUUUAUUUUUGGACUUUUCCCUGGAUGGUGGGUUGGACCUGAAGCUGAUCGCCCGCUAUCACUGUUGAGUGCGGAAGGGUGGGGUCAGGUUCUGCAACACUGUGGUUUUUCAGGUGUCGAUAUGGUAUUCAAGGAUUUCGAUGGCUCCGCUCCUCAGCUUGGCUGUGUUAUUUCUACCGCUGUGGACGUGCCGUCGUCCAUCCCUCGAACUCUUGCGUCGCCAACGUACUAUAGUGGUAUCAUUGUCAACCUGAACGCUUUCCCCCAACAACAGUCUCUCGCCGCAUCUCUUGUUACAUCAUUGCAAGACAUGUUUACCGAGCCUCUUGAAAUCGUGGAUGCAAACAUCCUUACAGCAUCGACGAGUCGCACCACCAGCUCAAACGGUCUUUGCAUUGCUUUGGUUGGCUAUGGUGCAUCAUUCCUCGCCUCAAUGUCAGAGCAGGAUUGGACGGUUCUGAAAUUACUUUCUCAGACGUGGUCUGGAGUUUUGUGGGUCUUGGUAGGUGGUGGAGACUCAGCUGCACCAGAAUAUGGGCUGAUGGAUGGUCUCUUGAGAACAUUGCGAGCGGAGAACUAUAGUCUACAUCUCGUCUCUAUCGCCCUCGACAUCAAUCUCGACGGCAGCGCUGGCCAUAUACGUCAUCUCAAGCAGAUUACACGAGAGAUGCUGUUCCGAAAGCCGUCUCAAAAAUACGAACAAGAGUACAUCGAGAUUGAUGGUUGCCUGCAUACUCGCCGUCUUGUUGAGGCGAAAUACCUGGAAUGCGAUAUGGAAUCCAAAAUCUUGCCCUGGCAAAUGACUUCUGCGAAUGUCACUGAUGCCACUUUCAAGCUAUCAGCGGCUUGCCCUGAAGAUAAAAAUGGCAUUCCAUACCUCGUCAAGAUAUCCGCUCCCGUUGUUGACAAUGCGUUGUCAAUCACCGUCAGAGCUAUCUCACUGCAAUAUCAAGACCAGUUGGCCGCCCGGGGCUUGGCUCCAAAAGGCACUCAGCUUAGUAGCUUCUGCAGCGGAAUCGUAACAGGCACACCAUCUGGGUCCAGUUUUGCGCAAGGAGAUAUGGUCUUUGCGGUUCACAAGAACUGUUUCCGCUCCGCUGCUGCCGUUCAGCCAUCAUCUGCUGUUAAGCUACCAUAUGGAUUAUCCACUGAAGAUGCGUGCUGGGCUAUUCCCCCUCUCCUGACAGCUAAUCAUGGUUUGUUGGAUAUUGGUCGAAUCCGAAACCGCGAUUCUGUUUUGGUUAUGGAUGGUUGCAGCAUUCUGGGACAAGCUGCAGUAGGCUUGCUUCUGAACGAGGGUGUUUCGGAAAUAUGGUUGACAGCAAACAGCAAUGAAGAUUGCCAGUGGGCUUCUGAGAGAUUCAAUAUCCCAGAACAACGCAUCAUACCGACGUCUGCUGUGGGAAGCACCUUUUCAUCCAUACAGUCAGAGCCUCAGUCCAGGUUUGAUAUUGUGUUCGCCACAACCUCGGUCGCCAAUGAACUGGGAGAACAGACUUUCAGGAGCAUGAUGCGGGAGAAUGGGCGAGUGGUGCUCGUUUCCAACGAUGACUCCCAUUCCGCAUUCCAGUUUGGCUCUUCUUCUCUCAACGUUUGUUUCCUUGCUAGUGAUAACACUCAGGUGUUGCAGGAGUCUCUGGAAUAUGCGGUUUCCACGCCCAUUUUGGAGUCACUUCUGAAUGCACGAGAGCGGGUCUCCAUGUUUCGAAUUUCGCAGCUGGACGAAGUCAUGGCGUUUUUAAAGCAGUCAGGAAGUUCCGAUGCCGCUGUAGUACGCCUGUUUGAGUCGGACGCGAUCAACGAGGGAAUAUUUUCCGAACUAUUACUCUCUAGUUGGCAAAGUACAUUACAGCCAAAGCUACAAGGAUCAUGGAACCUCCAUGCCAUGCUUCCAUCAGAUAUGGACUUCUUCAUCAUGCUGUCAUCCGUCAUGGGCAUUUUGGGAACCGGCUCCCUAGCACCAUACAAUGCCGGAAACACUUAUCAAGAUUCUCUGGCGCGCUAUCGAGUCUCUCAGGGCCAGCGAGCCAUCUCUUUCAAUCUUGGCGCUAUACCCGACGCAGGCUAUCUCGUUGCCAAUGCCGAGUACGCAAGCGGACGACGACAAAUUCACGAAACAGCCAAAUAUACUCCGACUUGCAUCCGCGAUAUUGUUGCAUUGCUCGAAAUAUUCUGCGAUCCAUCCAGUAAAUUGGCCACGCACCCAACCACCUGCCAUCCCAUUGUCGGCCUUCGUCCACCAUCCCACUGGGGGCAUCUUGAAGAAAUAUCUUUUGUGUUGAGUCAGCCAUUCUGGCAGCACAUGCAUCACAUUCCACUGCCAGCUGGUGAGGCUGAGGGUGUGGACAAUGCACACGGUUUAAAGCCGGGCAAACAAGCGAAGGAUGUCGUUGCCAAAUUUGUGGCCGCCACAUCAGUCAAUGAGAGCACGGAGAUCGUCAGUGAAGCACCCGUUGCCCGUAUCACAGGGCUAUUGGGCGUGGCAGAAGGUCAACUUGAUUUGCACCGGCCCAUGCAUUCUUAUGGACUUGACUCGCUAUGCGCGAUUGAGGUUCGUAACUGGAUUGGCAAGACAUUUGGUGUUGAUGUGCCUGUCUUCAUGAUUUUGGGAGGGAUCACUUUUGAAGGCGCUGCUAAUGCUAUUGUUCAUCAGUUUCAAUCGCAAAAGUAG